UCCCAUAUGUGUGGUAAUAGAACAAUAUUUUUGAAACAAUGAUCUUCAUUCAUUGUGCUAUAUUUAUUGACAUGAGGUAGAGGCUGGUACUUGUCUUUCCCUUCAUCUUCACAGAAAAAGAAAAAGAAAUUGGAAGAUGAGCAACAUUGCAGAAAGAAAACCACACGCUGUGUUCACUCCAUUUCCACUUCAAGGCCAUAUCAACCCAUUGUUCAAACUAGCGAAGGUGCUUCAUCUCAGAGGCUUUCACAUAACCUUUGUCCACACUGAGUACAACCACAAACGCUACCUCAAAACAAGGGGUCCCAAUGCCCUUGAUGGCCUACCAGAUUUUCGGUUUGAAACCAUCCCAGAUGGCCUUCCUCCCUUGGAUGAUGAUGCUAAUGGAGAUGUUAGCCAAGACAUACCCACACUUUGUGACUCUUUCAGAAAGAACUUCCUCCAACCCUUUUGCAACCUUCUUACUAGGCUUAGCCACUCUGCCAUUGCUGGUCUCAUCCCCCCAGUUACUUGCCUAGUUACUGAUUGUUUCAUGAGCUUUCCCAUACAAGCUGCUCAAGAGUUUUCACUCCCUUUACUUUUCUUUUCCCCAGUUGGUGCUGGUGCAUUCUCGUCUUUUAUUCACUUUACUACUCUGUUUGAUAGAGGAAUCCUACCCUUUAAAGAUAAGAGUUAUCUGACAAAUGGAUAUUUGGACACCAAAGUAGAUUGUAUUCCAGGUUUACAAAAUUUUCGCCUUAAGGACCUCCCUAGCUAUAUAAGGAUAACAGAUCCAAAUGAUUUCAUGCUUGAAUAUUUCAUUGAAGUAGCUAACCGAAUUCCCAGAGCCUCUGCUGUUGUUUUCAAUACUUUUGAUGAACUUGAGAGGGAUGCACUGAAUGCGCUCUCCUCUGUGUUCCCUUCUCUUUAUGCCGUUGGACCUUUCCCUUCAUUUUUAGAUCAAAGUCCACACUUGGCAUCUUUAGGUUCCAAUCUUUGGAAGGAAGAUCCCAAGUGUCUUGAGUGGCUUGAAUCCCAGGAACCCGGAUCCGUUGUUUAUGUGAACUUUGGCAGCAUCACAAUUAUGUCUCCAGAUCAACUCUUGGAGUUUGCUUGGGGUUUGGCCAAUAGCAAGAAACCUUUUCUGUGGAUCAUUAGGCCUGACCUUGUCAUUGGUGGAUCCGUGAUUUUGUCAUCUGAGUUUGUGAAUGAAACAAGAGACAGAAGCCUAAUAGCAAGUUGGUGUCCACAAGAACAAGUGCUGAACCAUCCUUCAGUUGGUGGGUUCUUGACUCAUUGUGGAUGGAACUCAACCACUGAAAGUGUUUGUGCUGGAGUGCCAAUGUUGUGUUGGCCAUUUUUUGCAGAUCAGCCAACAAACUGUAGAUAUAUUUGCAAUGAGUGGGAAGUUGGGAUUGAAAUUGAUACCAAUGUGAAGAGAAAUGAGGUGGAGGAGCGGGUCAAUGAAUUGAUGGUGGGAGAGAAGGGAAAGAAGAUGAGACAAAAGAUCAUGGAGCUUAAAAAGAGCGCAGAGAAGGAAAUCAGGCCCGGUGGUUGUUCUUACAAGAACUUGGACAAAUUAAUUAAGGUGUUGCUUAAUCAGAGAUCAACAGAUUGAAGGCUUUUUCUGUUUUACAAUGCUUUACUAUGAUAAUUGAUUGAUCUUCUCCUCUAGAAUUUGCUUUAUUGUGACAGAAAUUAUGCACCAGUUACGAGUGUGUUUGUGUUUUUCUUUGAAUUGUUAUGUAAUAUCUUCAUCUUGGCAUUUCAAACUAUGAUUCAUUCCUGACAUGGAGGAUAAUUCGAUGAAUAGCGUUACUGUUAGUACUUUC